UUAACGCAGAGAUGUGUGCAGAUAUUGAAAUCAUCACGUCAAAUCAGUAUGACGGUACGUGCACCACCUACGCUUAAUUCAACGGCGCCACUGCAUGGUUUUGGUCCUCCCUCGCGUGAUCCCAUGUAUGCAUCGAUGGCCCCCCUGCUGCCACAACAGUCUGCACUGCCACCGGGUGCCAGUAUAGGAACAUCACCAUCGGGUGGGCCAUUGCCAUAUCGGCAGACGUGCUCCUGGAUGGAUCGUCAUGGUAGACCCGCCUCACCGCCCAUGGAAUAUGGGGGAAGGAGAAGUGAACGAAGAGAUCGAAUACGCCGUGUCGAAUUGCUAAUAGAACCGGGUCAAUCAUUGGGUCUUAUGAUACGUGGCGGCGUUGAAUAUGGUCUGGGCAUAUUUGUGACCGGCGUGGAUAAGGAGAGUGUUGCCGAUCGGGCGGGUUUAAUGGUGGGUGAUGAAAUACUCGAAGUUAAUGGUCAAUCAUUUCAAGAUGUCACCCACGACGAGGCUGUUAGUCAGUUAAAAUACCACAAACGUAUGUCACUGGUGAUACGUGAUGUGGGUAAAGUGCCACAUUCCUGUACCUCCAUAGAAAUGGAGCCAUAUGAUGCUUAUAGUCCCACGGGGACAAGAGCACGACGAAAAGGUCAAAUCACCGCCAUGGUAGAGGAGAAGGCCCGCUCUCUUUUACCCCGCCACCAUUUUGCAAGUCUUUCGUAUUAUAUAGCCGAAUAUUGUGCGAAAGCAAUGACCAUAGAUGCCUUUGUAGCCGUCUUAUUAGAAAUGUUAGAUACAUAUGAAAAGCAUACACUAGUGACGGAAAUCCGUGAACUUAUAUUUCCUGAGGAUCGUACUCGUUAUGAUGAGUUAGUUUAUCGUAGAGAACGUGAUCCUUAUAGUGGCGAAAGAUUAAGGCGUAAAGGAGAAAGUGCGCGUGAUUUGCCGGUAACCGAUGUGGAUUUGGAAGUAAGUGCGGCUACUGGCAGAAGUCCUUCAUCGGACUCAGGGCUGGGCAUGACCAUGACGGAUUUGAAAAAUCGACCUUUACAACGUUUACCCUAUCGACCCAUGUCGGCCGAACCGAUUUUACAUCGUUCUCACUUUCAUCAUCCCACACCACAAAAACUGCCAUCAACAUCUACAUCCUCAUCGACAGCAUGUAAUUCAUCCCAACAGCAACAACAACAACUUUUACAACAACAACAACAAGCGCCACCACUGCCAACCAAUUCAUAUUUACAUCCUCCUACACAAACCAAUAUCGGCCAUUAUCAUCGCUAUACCAGUCAUCAUGCCUCAUUGCGUCAUCUUGGUGGCUUUGGUUCACGUCUGGCCGGUAACUCAUCAUCAACAUCGAAAAUAAUGGGACCAACUUAUUAUCACAGCAGUACCACCCAUAAUACUCCACAAAAGCAGUUUAUGUACAAAACUUCUAAUACAAAUACUAACGACGACAGCAGUUGCAUGGGCCUCAUCAAUCAAACGCAUUUUGACAAUCAACAUCAGCCACUUUUCACUGUCUUUUAA